CAUGAACCGAUCUCCUUCCACGAUCAAUACCAGGAGCCUAAACACCAACCUCGGCAAUUUGACAAAACGAUGAUAGUAGGUACGAGAAAAGAGGUUUCGUCCUCCUCACCUACUCACAAGCGUGUAUUAGCGUCGUUGGAGAAGACGCCACCAGACCCAUCUAAGAUGUCGGCGCCGACAACGACAAAGGCUUCUCCGGCGACCGCUCCAAGGCAUCAUGCUGCCCCCACAAAUGGGACACUAGUCAAGUCAUCGUUUACUACUCCAAGGAAAGGGACAUCAGGAACAUCCGAAUCCCCCAAAAGUGACACGCAAGAGAAGAAGAAGAAAGUCACCAUCGCUAAGUACGUUGAGUUUGAAGGUGAUGGCGACUAUGAGAAUGCUGAGGGCGAUCACGAGGGGCAUGAAGAAGGAUAUGAAGGAGAUCAAGAGGCAUACGAGGAUGAAGACGGAGAUGAUGAAGCAUGGGAAGGGCAUGAGCAGUACUCCGACGAGGACUACGAGUCCGAAGAAUCCGAAGGCUGGAAUGUUUUCGACCCCUGGUUUCUUUGGAAUGAUUUAGACGGAUCAAGAAUGGCAGCCAACUUCAAGCGUUUCCAUGCCCUGAACAGAGACAUGGCGCCAGAGAGGCUAAGAAAGAAGAUCAACCCCUGCCCCUACGACGUGCCCUACGUUAUCAAGAAGGAGGCUUCCUGCCCGAUGUUGUUCGAAGACUUCCUCGAGCUUCCAGACAAUAUCCGAGAGAAGAUCUGGGAGUAUGCUCUACCGCAAGAGUCCCGCGUCCUGGUCAUCUAUCAGCAUAGUGGAGCUUAUGUCAAGUGCGCCGGUCCAGAUGUAUUUGCCACCCAAGGGUUUGGAGGACGGAGACCGGUUCUCCUACGCGUCAAUCAUGAAGCUCGUGAAAUCGCCAAGAGAUUCUACAAGCUUGCUUUUGGUGCUGUUGAUGGCAAGCCGAAGUAUUUCAACUUCGCCCUCGACGCGUUGCAUCUUUGGGGUGUCGAUCAUGAUUUCGUGGACAGAAUGCCCUUCAUCAAGGAUGACUUGGGAAAGGUUCAGAAGCUUGCGAUACAUGGCGCCGGUCUGCUCGGCGAUGAAGAUCAAUAUGCUCGUCUUCAGCAUUUCACCAGCUUGAAAAUUCUUCUGAUCGAGAAGCCAUCUGAUCGUGUGGACAUCAUGGUCAGGGAUGAUUUCCACAACAAGUUCAAUCAUGCUACGAAACAGCUGUUCGCUGAGCUCUCAAUUCGGCGAGCUCAAGCUACAACCUCCUCGUCAACGGAACUGGAAAAUGAAAAUCAUGAUUAUGACAUGCAGAUUGAAGGAGUCGAGACCGGAUGGGCUACCAGUGCCACUAUUUCUGAGCAUACUCUUGAAGCUGCAACUUCAGGUGGAAUUGUUGACGAAAUGCCAGAUGUUGAAACUUUAAUUGACCACCAGGCUAUCGCCGAUAUGUCAACAGACGUCGAUAUGUUGAUCGACGAAGCCAUGACAGAUAUCUCUUCUGCUGACGCGUUCCCAGUCACUCCUGCCAGUCUCUUCAAAGAGCUAAUCACCACUGAGCUGGUUAUCGACUUCCGAACAUUCAUGUAUACUUGCACCAAAACCAAGAAAAUAGUCGAAGGUACUGGUGUCUCAAUGGCGGACGGGCAAGGUGGUCAAUCUGGUCUUCCUGACAAUAUCAACAUGGGAUUAGACAACGAUAGUGAUACGAUGAUCGCUGUACCACAGACUCCCGAAAAAGCUGGAACGGAUGGCAAACCUGGAGCUGCUGCCUUCGCCAACAACAAAGCAGACGGCAGUUCUGAUAUCUUGAUUCUUGACAACCAAUCCAGUACGCCAGCAGAUUCUGCCAUAGUCCUUGAUGAUUCUGAGAAAGCCGCCUUCGGAGUACAAAAAGCUAACUCGAAGAAGAUGGAGAGGCUGGUAGACUUUGGACUAUUUGUGGUUGUCUGGGAGAAGGCCGAGGAUAUUCUGGAAAUUGCCAUAAUGCCUUCGCGGUGGCCAAAGAGAGUCAACAAGACCAAGAAAUUUUGGAAGUGGAACUUCGCCAAGCGUAGAGCCGAUGAUAUCUGGGGAACCGGCGUUUACAGCAACCAGGUUCCUCAUGACUAUGGACACCAAUUCCAACCCGCCAAUGAGGUCCCUGCUCUGCCUCCGUCUCCACGGUCUGCUGCAGCACGAGUCGAAGCAACUAAAGGUCUCAGAGCACGCCGCCUCAAAGAAGCGACCGAAAACCCUCACCUGUGCUGCGCAUGCGCAGAUCGUGUCAAUCAGGCUCCAAACAACAACGAACCCCCGGUCGGUCCCCUACAAGGAUCUGAUGGCGACUACCUUGCAGUCGGGCAUCUCGCCCCUAUUGAAGUGAAGACUGCGGUCAACUCCAUCAACUUCAACGCUGCCAAUCCAAAUCCAACACAAUACAUCUCUCCCUACACAAUUCCGCGUACAACAAAUGGUGAAGAUCCUGCAGGUUCACCUGAAAUACGUGCUGGUAGAAAAGCAACUAAUCACUCCUCAGCAUACAAAACAUUUAGCUCUACUGCGAACAAUGCUGCAACUUUUCCCCACCGUCCAGCAUCGUACCAAUCUCCAUACGCUCUCCUCGCUUCCGGCCAUUAUACCCACACAGCCCCUGACCCUACACGGUACGUCUCUCCUUACGGAAAUCCCACCGCAGGCAUUACUGGAGGCAGCUUCGGAGUGAUUCGUCUGGGCAAUGCCGGCCGCAGCGGUAGCGUGGGAGGAUCUUCGAAUGGAGGCAAUCGGGGACCUAUCGCUGGACCUAUUCCUACCCCACGAUAUACAGCGAAGACUGCGAACAAUACCGGGGGAGGUAAAGCUUAUUACGUCAACUUUUAUUCGACUGCAGAGAGCGGAGACCGUGGGGAAGUUGCUGUUACGGCUAGCUCUAGCACACCACACGGAGCGCCUGAUCGUACCGGUCUUGGAGGCUUUGCCAACGAUGGUCCUGGCUCUGCCCGAGGAAGCGCUCACCAUGAUGCUUCCGCACUUUCGGAUGGUGAUACUACUGAUGAUGAGAUUUCCUGAAUUACUUUCUGAGCGCGCCAAAUAUUGCCAUUCUUCCAGCUGCGCCAAAUUGUGUCUCAUUGGUAAUUGGCGAUAACGGCAAUACGUGGUUCUUCAAUGGGGAUGGUACCAAUGGUAGAGGAUUUUCUCGGAAAUUAGCUUCAACUUAAAGAACUCGCAUAUUCAAUUCUACGAUAUUUGCAACCAAAGGUUCGUGUGACACCUGCCGUUCGGCAUCUCCAGAAGCGCCAGGAGUGGAGGCGAUCUGAAGUUGCUGUUCCUUUCGUUCUACCAGUCGUUGAGGCUUUCUCC